GGCGAGGAUUGACUCGUCCUUCUUUGUCUUCGGUUUGCAAAAGGUUGCAAAGCUUGCAGGGGUCCUGGGGCCGGCGACCCCCUUUGCAAAGGAGGCUGGGGGUUGUAGUCCUCGACCCGGGCAGCGCGUUAAACCCUUGGCAAAUUAUGGAGCGGAGCUCUCGGGACCUCCAGCCGGGGGAAGGUCAGCUUUCCGGAGCCAUGGAAGUGGAACGGAAGUUUCUUUUCGGGCCUAGCACCAUCGAGAAGUUAACUGAACUGGGGGCGAUCCUAGAAAGCCGUGCCUCUUUUCGCGACAGCUACUAUGACGUCCCCGAUUGGUGUUUGACGCGAGCAGAUCACUGGCUGCGGGAACGUGAGGGAGUGGGCUGGGAGUUGAAAUGUCCCUUGGUUGUUGGGGAGGUGGGAAGCGACACCCCUUGUGCGGCAGAGACGGAUAACCAUCUGUCCGCUCCAGUUUUGCGACCACCGAAGGACACGAGAUCAUCCACAGCCAGUCAAUACCAAGAAGUGACGUGUCCUCAAAAUAUCGUGACUCGCCUCUGUGGUUUAUUGGAAAGAGAUCCUGGACCGAACUGGAGCUGUUGUGUGAACAAAGCGGUGGAAGAACUGGGCUUGCAAGUGUUUGCUAGUUUUGUGACCCUGCGGCACAAAUACCGUGUGGGAGAUUUGCAUGUGGAUCUCGAUGAGGUGGAUUUCGGCUACUCCGUGGGAGAGGUGGAAGCCGUGGUCCAGCGGUUAGAAGACAUCCCUGAAGCUCUGGAGAAGAUUGAGAAGUUUUCCAAGCAGCUAGGCUUGGAAGAAAAGACCGCUAUUCCUGGCAAGAUGUCGGUGUAUUUGCAGAGAUUCAGACCAGCGCAUUAUAAGGCCUUGUUGGGAGCUGGAGUUGUGAAGAAAGUUAUAAAUACAACAGAGGGAUAGGAUGGAAAAGUCUGAUGGAGCCACAACCAGGAUGGAAUGAGUGUCAGGGUUCCGGCGAUUGCCCGAAUAUCAAUUCAUAAAGUAUUCCUAUGCUUGUUUUUGAGUCUCAUCUCCAAACUACAGGAUAGUCCAGAUUUAUCUUUAAAUUAAAUUAUCUUUAAAUUAAAACAGCAAUUCAAAUAAACUCUCCU